GUGACAUGGUUCAAAGAUGACGUGCCGAUCGAAGUCGAUAACGUCCACGUUCUUUCGAAAGAAGAAGGCACUGGUCACUUUGUACUAACCAUUUACAAUGCCACCGUCACUGAUGUUGGUAGGUACUCAUGCAAGGCAUCUAAUGAGGCUGGUGAAGCUCGCACUGAAACUACAGUUUAUGUCACAAAGGAAACUGUGGCUCCGCAAUUUACAGAAGAAUUGAAAUCAUUGGAAGUCGCGAGAAAUACGUCGUUCGAGUUGUCUGUUACAGUAACAGGAACUCCACAGCCGAAUAUUUUGUGGUUGAAGGAUGGAUUACCAGUGCGGCUGGACGAUGUCCACGUCUUUUCCAAGGAAGAGGCUACUGGUCGCUUUACGCUAGCGAUAAAAAAUACACAAAUUGCUGACGUUGGAGUGUAUUCUUGUGUGGCAAGCAAUGUGGCUGGAAAGGCUCAGACAGAAGCACAAGUAUCUGUUGUUGAAGAACUAACUUCACCUCAUUUCGUAGAGACGCUAAAAUCACUUGAAGUUGAAGAGGGGCAAUCUGCGGAGCUUUUCUGCAGUGUUGUUGGCAAUCCUGAACCCGAGAUCACAUGGUUGAAAGACGGAGUGCCAGUGCAAAUCGAUCAUGAACAUUUUGCAAGGAAGGAUUCUAUAGGCGGUCAUUCACUAAUUAUCAAGAAAUUGCGUGUAGAAGAUGUUGGUUCUUAUAGUUGUGAGGCAGUCAAUAAGGUGGGAAAAGAUGUAACUAUUGCUCAUGUGAAAUUUCCCAAAUAUCUUUUUGAGAAGACAAUGAUCGAAGAUACCGUACCACUGUUCAUUGAGCCGCUGAAGGAAUGCUUAGCAAACCAAGGUGAGACGGUAAUACUGGAAUGUCGGGUAAACAAAGAAUCUCAACCGGAGAUUCUUUGGUUCAAGAACAAUGUACCUAUCGCUGUUGACCAACACAUGAUCGCUGAAACAUUGGAAGAUGGAAAAAUCAAGCUAACCAUUCACAAUGUCAGUAAAGAAGAUAUCGGCGCGUACCGCUGUGAAGCUGUCAACAAGGCAGGAAGAGCUCAGACACAAGCCAUACUUCAGUAUGCGACCUAUGUGAAAGAAACCAUUGACGAUGAGAGUGAACAUGUUAGCGAGAUUGUCACGGAGAAACUGGCAGAAAUGGCAGCAGCAGAAGCAAAGGUCGGUGGAGGCCCUGCUGAAUUUGUUGAGUUAUUGUGUUCAUGUACGGUAACUGAAGGUCGGCAAGCAGUGCUGAAAUGCAAAGUCAAGGGCGACCCAAGGCCGAAAAUCAGGUGGACAAAGGAUGGAAAAGAGAUUGAAGGAAAUGAUUGUCAGGUGGAAAUGACAGCCCGAAUUAGAUCUGAUUACAAAGAUGACGGCAGUCUAACACUUACCGUAGACGGAGUCACGCAGCAGGAUGCCGGCGAGUACAGAUGUCAUGCAGAGAACGAGCACGGUAGCGCUUGGACUGAAGGUCCCAUUGUUGUGGUUGCAUUCGGAGCACCUCUACAGGAAGGAGAAGCUCCGGACUUUGUACAACCUAUUCGCCCAGUGUUGGUUGCGGAAGGAGAAACAGCUGUGUUAGAGGGAAAAGUAUCUGGAAAGCCUAAACCUUCAAUUAAAUGGUACAAAAAUGGCGAGGAUGUGAAACCUUCCGACCAUUUCGUGAUCGAAUCGCUUGACGACGGAACUCAACGACUGACGGUGAAGAACGUGACCAUGGACGACAUGGAUGAGUAUAGAUGUUCGGCGUCGAACGACUACGGAGAUGUGUGGAGUGAUGUGACGCUCUCCGUUAAAAAGAAAGAACAAGAAGCACCGUCGUUUACGAAAACUCUUGUCGAAGUCUCUAUCGUAGAGGGCGAAUCGGCUACCUACGAAUGCAAAGUUACUGGGGAACCACGGCCACAAAUCAAAUGGUUUAAGGACAACGAUGAAAUCUCCACAGUUGAUGGACAUUUCGCGCAAACAGAAGAAGCUGACGGUACGGCUCGAUUGGUUAUCAAAUCUGCUAAGGUCAAAGACUCAGGUGAAAUUCGCUGUGAGGCUAGUAACACUGCCGGAACCGCUCGUACUGCUGCUCCACUAACGGUAACACUGCCUGAAGAGGAGAUUGCUCCUGAGUUCACUCGAGAUUUGACUGCUUGCCAAAUUAUUGAGGGAGACGUGGCACGUUUCGAGUGCAAGGUGAAAGGAACACCGCUCCCUCUUGUCCAAUGGUUUAAAGAUGGCGAAGAGGUUAAACCUGGAGAUGGUGUGACAAUAGAAGCGUUACCUGACGGCACAAACAAAUUAACCAUCAAUGAUGUGAAACUGACGGAUCAAGGCAACUACCGAGUGGAAGCCACGAAUGUAGCAGGUUCGAUGAGCAGCAAGGCUCCGUUGUCUGUACAAGCUCCGGAAACACUCAAACUUAGAAGACCUUUACAUGACGUCACAGUGGAGAAAGGCACGAAAAUUCAGUUGACUGUUGAAGUUGAAGGACAGCCGAAGACAGUUAAGUGGUACAAGGGAUCCAAACAAGUCACUGCUACGAGUACUACCAAAAUCGAGCGUGUUUCUGACGCUGAGUACAAACUUGAAGUCGAAAACUGUGAAACAUCCGACAGUGGAGCGUAUCGUGUUGUUCUUUCAACUGAAAGCGAAUCGAUAGAGUCGAAAUGCGUGGUUACUGUGAAAGAGAAGGACAUUAAGAUGCAACUUCCGUCGUUCAAAAGUGGACUCAAGGACCAAACUGUACCGAAAGGACAACCUCUUGUACUUGAAGUUGAAAUAGAAGGAAAACCAAGAACCGUUAAAUGGUACAAAAAUGGUGACAUUUUGAAAGACGCAAAGUCUGAAGAUCUAGGUGAUGGAAAAUACAGACUGACAGUUUCUGAUUUCAAAGAAUCAGACAUAGGCGAGUACAGCGUCGUCGCUGAAAACGAAGUUGGAGAAGUUGAAAGCAAAGCUAAGGUCACCAUGAAAGAAGUACCUGAUGACGGAAGAGAUAAAAGGAAACCGAAAAUCUUGACUGGUCUCGUGCCAACCACUGUGAAAGAGGACGAAACGGCUACGUUCUCAGUUCAAGUGAAGGGACCAGUCAAAACUGUCAAGUGGUAUAAAAAUGGAAAAGAGAUUCUUGACGCAAAUACGAAGGACAGCGGAGAUGGAGUGUUUCAGCUCAUUAUUCCAAAUGCGAAUAAGAACGACACAGCUGAUUACAAGGUAGUUAUAUCAAAUGAUGCCGGUGAUGCUCAAUCGGCGGCUGCACUGACAGUGAAGUUACCUCAAAUUGUGAUCGUUAAAGGUCUAGAAGACAUCAGUAUAGACCGGAAGCAGACAGGUGUACUUGCAAUUGAGACGAAUCGGCCACCGAAGCAAGUGAAAUGGUAUAAAAAUGGGAAGGAGAUCACACCUUCUGACAAAGCUGUUCCAAAGGAGAUCAACGACAAAAAGUACCAGCUAUCUAUACCUGAUGCUGACAAGGACGACACUGCGAACUACAAGGUUGUUCUCACUGACGAUGACGGUAAUACUACCGAAUCGGCAUGUGCUCUCAAUGUUAAACUGCCUGCCGCAAUCGAACUCGUCAAAGCUCUUGAGGACACUGUUGUGCCCAUAAAACAGACUGGAGUGCUGGAAAUUCAGACGAACAAACCGGCAAAAAUGGUUACGUGGUACAAAAACGGUAAAGAGAUCGCGCCAUCGGACAAAGCCGUGCCAAAGACGGUCGCCGACAACAAGUACCAACUGUCGAUUCCCGAUGCCGACAAGGAUGAUACUGCGACCUAUAAGAUUGUUCUUACCGACGAUGACGGUAACACUGCCGAAUCGUCGUGUGCUCUCACCGUGAAACUGCCUGCAGCGAUUGAGAUCGUUAAAGCUCUUGAGGAUAUUGUCAUGCCCAAAAAACAGACCGCAGUGCUUGAAAUUCAAACCAACAAACCGGCAAAAGUGGUGAAAUGGUACAAAAACGGCAAGGAAAUUGCGCCAUCGGACAAAGCCGUGCCCAAGGCGGUUGCCGACAACAAGUACCAACUGUCGAUUUCGGACGUUGGUAAGGACGACACUGCAAACUACAAGGUUGUCCUUAUGGACGAUGACGGUAACAGUGCCGAAUCAUCAUGCGGUCUUACUGUCAAGUUACCAGCCGGGAUUGAAAUUGUCAAAGGACUUGAGGACACUACUGUACCGAAAGGAAAGAAAGCCUCGUUGGAAGUUCAGACUAAUCGCACACCUAAACAAGUCAAGUGGUAUAAGAACGGUAAAGAACUUAAACCAUCGGAUAAGCCAGAACAGAAGAAGGUCGAUGAUAACAAAUAUCAGUUAGUUAUUCCAAAUGCUGACGACGUCGACGCAGCUGACUAUAAGGUGGUGCUGAUCGACGACGAUGACAACAGUGCCGAUUCAUCAUGUGCAUUGACAGUGCGACUUCCUGACAAGGAACCGAAGAUCAUCAAAGGACUGGGCGACCGUACCGUAGCGGCUGGCUUACCAACUAUUUGGGAAAUUGAGACCGAAGGAUCUCCGCGAACGGUUAAAUGGUACAAAAAUGGAAAGGAGAUCGCAGGUGCUGCUGCAGCGCAAGUGAAAAUGACCAAGGUUGACGAUAACCGUUAUGUACUAGAGAUUCCAAAAUGUGCCUUGGGUGAUACAGGUAGCUAUAAAGUCGAAGUCGAGAACGACGCUGGUAAGGCGAACAGCACUGGCAAGUUGACUGUCGAACCGAAACUCACCUUCUUAAUUCCACUCAAAGAUCAAACGAUUACCGAAGGUGAAACGGUAGAAUUCAAAGUGGAGACCAAUGCAAAACCGAAUACUGUCAAAUGGUACAAAAACGGUCAAACGAUCACACCGGAUGCCCGAUUUAUUGUCACUGAUGAAGAGACUAGAUACAGAUUGGUGAUUAAGAACGCGACUAGAAAUGAUACAGCUGAAUACAAGGUCGUGCUCAGUAACUCCGCUGGUGAUGCCGACUCGUCGGCUAAACUAACUGUUCUGAAGGCAAAGCCGGGACUGCCUAAAAUCGUCAAGUUGCUGGAAGAUCAGAUCGCUGCUAAAGGCGCAUCUAUGGUAUUCGAUGUGAAAGUCGAAGGUGAAGUGGAUGAAGUACGGUGGUUCAAAGACACCAUACCGAUCACUGCGGGAACAAACGCUAUCAUUGAGAAGGUCGAUGAUACUAUGUACCGACUAACAAUACCCAAAGCAGACAUCGGCGAUGUCGGUCACUACUCAGUCGACGCUGUGAACGAGAGUGGAAAGGCUUCAUCUGAUGCUAAGGGUGAAGUGGACGAAAAACCAGAAAUUGUCAAAGGUCUUGUUAAUACGGAAGUGUGUCAAGGUGAUGACAGUGUAUUCAAAGUGGAAGUAUCGACACCGGUUCGAACUGUGAAAUGGUAUAAGAACGGUCAAGAGGUGAUGCCAUCCAAACAUUUCGAGCCGAAGAAAAUUGGACCAAAGAAGUACGAGCUUGCCAUCAAUCGAGCAGAACUCGACGACUGCGCAAACUUCAAGGUGGUGUUGGCGAACGCGGCCGGUGAAUGCGAUUCGUCUGCGGAACUGACGGUGACCAAGCCGAAUAUUCUGAAAUUGCUUGAAGGCUUGAAGGAUAUAGAUGUCAAUGAAGGCGAAUCCAUUAAUCUUAAGGUUAGAGUUGAAGGAAUUCCAAAAACUGUCAAAUGGUACAAGAAUGGUGCGGAACUCUCACCAAAUGAUGUUCAGAUGAAUGAAAAUGCGGAAAGUGGCGAAUAUUCGCUGGUUAUUCCACAAUCAAAGAAGAGCGACGGUGCUGCUUACCGUAUUUCAUUGGCUAAUGAGAAAGGAGAGAUCUAUAGUGGUGCUGUAGCGCAUGUGAAGACGGUAAAAGCGAAGGAUGCCACUUCACCGGUGAACUUUCUGUCUCCUCUGGAAGACACCGAAGUUACCGAGGGCGAUAUGCUGACCUUGAAAUGCGUCGUAGCCGGAGUACCAUUUCCGGAGCUUACUUGGACCAAGGAUGGCGUUGAACUCGAGAAGGACGAUCGUAUUUCCAUACGCGUCGCACUCGAUGGAACGGCAACACUGCGUAUCCGCGACUGUCGCAAGUCAGACUUUGGUCAGUACCGUAUCAGCGCGAAGAACGAGUGCAGUACUGAGACCAGCACUUGCCAGGUAACGGUGAAAGAGAAGAGAGAAGAGCCAUCGAAGCCACGUUUCAUCAUUCCAUUGAAAUCAUGUGAGGCAGUGAUUGGUGAGAAGAAAGAGUUUGAAGUGAAAGUGAGGGGAUUCCCGAAGCCAACGCUCGAGUGGUUACUGAACGGCUCACCGAUUGACCUCGGUGAUCGUUGUGGAGUCACUGAUCGUGGAGACGGAGUUUACUGCCUUACAAUCAGAGACGUCAAAGAUUCUGAUUUCGGUACCCUUCGUUGUAUUGCGAGAAAUGAAGUCGGUAAGGAUGAAUGCCAAGCGGAAUUCGGAAAGUCGAGCUUCCGCAGUCGUGAGAAAGAAGACGAUCGCUAUCCGCCACGAUUCAACGUACCGCUUUGGGAUCGUCGAAUUCCCGUCAACGAUCCAUUGGCCAUCGAAUGUCACGUGGAUGCGAAGCCAGUCGCCCAAAUCGAAUGGUUCAAAGAUGGCAAAAAGCUUGAGAUCAUCAAAGGCGUCGAGAUUCGCAACACAUCCGACGGUGCUUGUCGCGUACGAAUCGCUCGGUUCGGAAAGGAAGACGUCGGCGUCUACAUGUGUGUGGCGACGAAUCCACUCGGUGUUGCCGAGACCAGAUCAACCUAUUCGGUAGAAGUGACUGAGAAAGAAGAAGUGAUAGAGAAGAACGAAUAUGCGCCUCGCUUCAAUCCAGGUCUUGAAGACCUGAACAUCAACGCCGGACAAAGCAUCCGGCUUUCUUGUGCUGUCGACGCUAUACCUAAAGCAGGGAUCGUUUGGUACAAAGACGGCUUGCCAUUACGAUCGGGUGGUCGGUUCACUAUUACCACACAAGAUGAUGGCACAUGCAUAUUAGAAGUCAAGGACACUGUUGCAGGAGACGAAGGUGCUUAUCGCUGUGUAGCAUCAAACGAACACGGAACAACAAACACCAGCUGUUUAGUUACGGUGAAGGUGCCGAAAACUGAGGUAAAGAAGGAAGGAGAGGAACCAUUCUUCACCAAGGGCUUGGUGGAUAUGUGGACGGAUCGUGGAGAGACUUUCACUCUUAAAUGUGCCGUCAAAGGCGAUCCAUUCCCGGAGAUUAAAUGGUUCCGUAAUGGCACCUUAGUCCGCGAUUCGUCCCGAACAAGGAUUGAAACAACCGCCGAUGGUAGUUGCCUUCUAACGGUAAAGGAGUGUACGAUGAGUGACGAAGGUGUCUACAGAUGUGAAGCUGAAAAUAAGCAUGGCAAAGCCAAGACACAAGCCACGGCACAUGUGCAGAUGUCGAUUGCUAAAAGUGAUGCUCCAAAACUCGAAAUGGGAUCACCACCACGUUUCAUUAUCCCUCUCGAGGACCAGACGGUAGUAUUGGGUGGAGUUAUUGACCUUGAAUGCAAGGUGACCGGUGAGCCAAUGCCACAAGUGAAAUGGUCCAAAGAUGGUGGACCAAUUUGGGAAGACUCUCGUUAUGAAUGGGAAGUGGAUGAGGCCAAGGGCACGUAUCAUCUUCGUAUCACUUCGGUUAAUUUGAACGAUGAGGGCACUUAUCGAUGUGUUGCUACCAAUGAGUCUGGUUCUGCGUCCACAAAAUCCUUCGUUCGUAUCGAUGAUGGUCUUCUAACGCAAGCACCGGCGAAGAGCGUGCCUCCGCGAUUCACCAUCCAUUUGGGUGAUGCUCGCGCCGUCGAGGGUCAACCGUUACAAUUAGAAUGCAAAGUGGUGGGUUCACCACUUCCCGAACUCACUUGGCAUAAGGAUGGAGCUCAGAUUCAACCAUCUGAUAGGGUGCGGAUGAGUAUGGGACCAGAUGGAGUUGCAAAACUUGUCAUUCCGCAGUGUUGUAUGGAUGACGAAGGUAUUUAUCGUGUGAUUGCAACGAAUCCAUCUGGCACUGCCCACGAUAAGGGUACUGCCACCGUGAAGAAGACGCCACGUGAUUCUGACCGUCGCUCGGCUGACAAAGACCACUUCGAUGCAAAUAAAUUGCCUAAGCUCAUCGAACCACUCGAGAACGUUAAGGUGCCUGAGAAGGAAGGAUUCAAACUUCGUUGUAAAUUCAGUGGUGAACCAAAACUUGCGAUCAAAUGGUUCAAAGACGGCGAACGAGUUUUCCCAUACGGAAGACUGAAUCUGGUGGAAACUGAUGAUGGCGUUUGCGAAUUGCUUGUCGAAUCUUCAAUCCGACAAGAUGCUGGAGGCUAUCGAUGUGUGGCUGAGAACCAAUAUGGUUCUGUCAGAACCACUUGCGAGGUUACCGUAAUUCAAAAGGAGCGCAAGCCCAUUACCGAUUUCGAUGCCACUCUCAAAGAAGGCAAAGCACCUGGAUUUACCGUACCGCUCACCGUUCGACGUGCGAAACCCGGUGAAAAUGUGAUCUUUGAAUGCGUCCCGUACGGAAAUCCAUUCCCGGAAAUCAAAUGGCUCAAGGAUGGAAUCGAACUCUCUCCAUCGGGAAAGGUCUUUUUCGAGUCGUUGCCUGACGGAACGCAACGUCUUCAUCUGGCUGACGUGAACUUCAUCAGUGAGGGCUUCUUCCGUUGCGUUGCCACCAACGAAUAUGGCACUGCGUCCACCAAGGCCGAGCUCAGCAUAGACGGAUUAAAAUUAAGCAAGGAACACACCCUGUUUAGCUCUUUUGCUCUAACUGUACGUGACAAUCACGCACGCAUGACUUCCAUGAACCUUAACGUAGAUCUUCUUCAUGUUAAGAAUCUCGACGAGCUUUUCAUGUACCUCAAUUUAAGAAAGAUUUAA